AAGUCUAGAGUACUGCUUAUAAAUUCCAAUUUCGUGACACAUUGAGUCAGGCAAGUAAUCAACAACAACAAUUAAUGGAGCUCACGACGAGGCUCGUUUCGGUUAUCUUGUUCUUGCUAGUGAUCAGGGUGGGAUGUUCCGCUUCUCCACACCAUUGGAGAAAAAAAAGGGUUGGCGAACCGUGCAAGAAGUUGGUGUUUUACUUCCACGACAUAAUUUACAACGGUCACAACGGCAAGAAUGCGACUUCGGCAAUUGUGGGCACACCCGCAUGGGGCAACAGGACCAUACUAGCGGGGCAUAACCACUUCGGUGACGUGGUUGUGUUCGAUGACCCCAUCACCUUGGACAACAACUUGCACUCGCCACCGGUUGGACGUGCCCAAGGGUUCUACAUUUACGAUAAGAAGGACAUUUUCACCGCUUGGCUUGGCUUCUCCUUUGUCUUCAACUCUACCCAGCUUAGGGGUACCAUUAACUUCGCCGGUGCUGACCCUCUGAUGAAUAAGACCAGGGACAUUUCGGUAAUUGGAGGGACUGGUGACUUCUUCAUGACUAGGGGUGUGGCCACUCUCUCUACGGAUGCAUUUGAAGGGGAAGUUUAUUUCAGGCUUCGUGCGGAUAUUAACUUGUUCGAAUGUUGGUGAUUAGUGAACAAUAAAUAAAUCAACCCAGGGAAGAAUUUCUUUUUAUGCAUGGUUUCUUAUUUUGUGUCAUCUAUGUAAUCGUUUUUUUUUCUUCUAAUGUGUUGGAGGGAUAUAUCAUACGACGUGGGAGUUCUGUCAUACUCUUAGUAAUCAAACUUUACUAGAUGUAUAUGACGGCUCCACGGCUUAAGGUCGACGACGUCGUUAUUUAUUCUGCUUAUUUAGAAUUUAUUAAAUAAUGAUUAACAUGCAUGUAUGAUUAAUUGUUUUGUUCCUAAAAGAUUGAUUGUUUUCUUGGAUUUUUUUA